AUGCCUGGUUUCUCGGAAUCCUUCUGGUCGAGCGACUACGCCGCAGGACUGGGUGUCCUCUUCGGCAAGCUCCAGCAGGGCGUGAUCGAGAAUCGCCAAAUCAUGACCAUUGCCCGGAUGCGCGCAGAGGCCGAGGAGACAUAUGGCCAGAGGCUGGCCGAUAUCCCUGUGGCAGUCGACAAGGUGCAAGGCGGAUUCUCCAGAGAUGACGGUGCUAGUGUGCGCAAGGCUUACGAGGGUGUCCGCACAGAGAUGGAGGAGGCCGCCAAGAACCAUCGCAAGAUCGCGCAAAACAUUCGAGAUCUCGUCGUCAACCCUUUCUCGCGAUGGUGCGAAGCGCACGAGGCCCGGAUCCAAGACUCCCAGGACGAGCUGCAGUCUCGGAUCAAGACGCAUGAUCGCCAAGCGGAGAACGUCAAGAAGCUGCGCAGCAACUACUUCAACAAAUGCCGCCUUCUAGAGGACCUCGAGGAGGAGAACAAACUCGCGUUCCAAGACCCCGAAACUAGCCCCAAGCAGAACAUCCCCGAGAUCAAGGUGCAAUCCCACAAGGAGGACGAGUUAGACGAUGACGACGAGCCUAUUGAGAUCGGUGACGAAGUCUACCAGCCCGAACAAGUCAAGAAGAUCCUUGCGCACAUGCUCAACAACAUCAAGACCGGGGAGACCAAGGUUCCCAUUCUAGGAACAUACCUGAACACCUCGGCCGGUUCGGAUAUCGUCGAGUACAUUCAGAAGCACAUGAACACCAGCAGCGUCAGCUAUGCUGAACGCAUCGGCCAGGAUCUGGUGAGCAACGGGUUUCUGCGACUGGUCGGCAACGUUGGCAACACGUUCGCAAACUCGUCCAAGCUGUUCUAUCAGUGGCGUCCCAAGGCUUUCCAACUGUCCGGAGUUCCGGAGAAGAAGGCGCCGCUUUCAAGAACUUUCUCGCUCCCGGCCGGUGCGUCCGAUGUUGCCGACUCCCCUGUGGUUGGCACAGUCAGUGAAUAUCUGGAGAAGUGGAACGUGCUCAAUACUGCCCAUCCGAACGAGACUCCUUCGGAGCGCAUGCGCAGAGAGGCACGAGAGUCUGACGACAAAUACAAAGCCGGCGUGCGCAAACUGGACGAGCUGCGCAUGGAGCUCGAAGAGGCCAUCUUUGCUCACCUCAAAUUCUUGGAGAGGUGUGAGCUCGACAGGCUCAAGGCCAUCAAGACCGUCAUCUUGGACUUCUCGGGCACCAUCAGCAACGUCAUCCCUAGCCUCCAGUCAACCGUCGAUAACAUGAUGCUGUUCCAAGAGACAGUGCAGCCUCUUGGCGACUUGCGCUAUCUUCUCGAGAAUUACCGGACGGGCAGCUUUGUCCCGCGAGUCGUGACCUACGAGAAUUACUACAACCAAGUUGAUGACCAGAUCUUUGGUGUUGAUCUCGAGGCGCGCGCUAGAGCCGACAAGAAGCGAGUCCCCAUCAUUAUCACUACUAUCUUGACCUACCUGGAUCAUCAUUACCCUGACCUGGAAGGCGACGAGGCCAGGCGUGGGGUCUGGCUCGUCGAUGUCCCGUUGGCACAGACGCACAACUUGCGCCACAAGGUCAACAACGUCAAAGGCUUCUCGGCGGAGAUAUUCUCCGAAUACGACAUCCCUACUGUUGCAAGUUUGCUCAAGCUUUACUUGCUCGAGCUUCCGGACUCUCUCGUCUCCUCACAUGUCUAUGAAAUCAUCCGAACCAUCUACCAGACCCCGGCGGCGGACAGCACUGAUUCUGCGCGCGUGCUGGUGCUCCAGCAGACCCUCUCUCAGCUCCGACUUACGAACAUCGCCACCUUGGACGCCUGCAUGAACCACUUCACCCGGCUGAUCGAGCUCACCUCGGCAGACGAGGCCUACGUCGCCUCCCUGGCCACCGUCCUGGCGCCGUGCAUCCUGCGGCCGCGCACGGAAACGUCCCUGACCAUGGAAGAGAAGACGGCCUACCGCCUCCUGCGCGACCUCCUGGCCAACAAGGACGCCAUCUUCAGCGAGCUGAAGCGCAUGUCCACCCUGUCGCACUCGAGCUCCGUCGGCGGGGGCGGCGGCAGCAACCGGCCGCGCGCCAUCUCGACCGACGAGAGCAACCGCAAGGCCAACAUGGAGGAGCGCACCCGCGCCAUCCUGGAGAAGGCCUCGGGCUCGCGCAGCCGCGCCACGUCGCCGGCCCCGAGCCCGCGGGGCGCCGGCCACCGCCGCGACCGGAGCAUCGGCGGGCCCGAGACGAGGUUCCCCGUCGCGACGGGGUCCCCGACGGCGACGGCGGAGAGGGGCUCGCGCCAGAGCCUCGGGCCCGUCGUCCCCAAGCGCGCGAGCCUCGAGGUCCCCGACGGCGCGUCUUCUACCCCGACCGCGGCGGCGGCGGCGGCGACGCAGCAGGCAGCCGACGGCGCCAACGGCGUGGCUCCGGGGGAGUCCUUCGCCAGCCGGGCGGCCGAGGCGGCGGGCGAGACGCCCUCGAAGCGGGACUCGCUCAAGAGGAAUAGCGCCCGGUUCGCGGGGGGCCGGCGCAUCCCCAUAGCACAGCCGGCGGCGGGCGACCAUGCUCACCAGCAGCAUGGGGUCACGCUUGUCGAUGCCCCGAUGGACGAUUAA